AUGGCUGGUGAUUCAAAUAAAAAGGAAAAACCUUUGAAAAUUACUGAUUUUUCAUCUGAUUAUACUACCGUACAUGGUGUAAAUCAUAUUUUUAAUUUCAAAACUCUUCUAAUUGAAAGGGUUUGUUGGGUUCUAGCUGUUAGCUUUUGUUUUUACGGAUUGUGCGUAAUUGGAUUAUCGAAUAUACGAAGAUUUCGUGAAAAUCCAACGGUCAUUUCGAUAGAAAAAGAUUACAGAAAUUGGCACAACCCCUUUCCAGCAAUGACUGGUUGUUUUGUAGAUAAACUUGACGAAGAAUUAGCAGAGAGUGUUAUACAGGAAAUAUGGAAUAUUACUUAUUCUUCGCCAAAAUAUGAAUACUACUGGAAGUUCCUUGAGAGUGUAGCAAAUCUUAAUUAUUAUACUUUAAAAAGUUUAGAAUCAUUUGAAAAUGAUACUGAGUUGAAUGAUAUAGAUGUGUUGGAUAUUGCUUUAAGGAUUCAUCCUGAAUUUCAUGGGAAAUUCGCUACAUCGCAUUCUAGAAAAGCUACGUGGAAAUUGACCAUGUCUGAAUUAGAAAAUAAUGAAAACAAGGAAGACUUAUUUACUUGUCAUAUAUUGAACGGUCUCUGUUAUGCUCGGUUUGAUUCUGACCCUUCUAGACCAAUACAAUAUUUUGCCCAUUCAUAUUUGGAUAUUCCUCACAUUAGCAUGGAUCCUCCUAUUUUAUUAGACGAAAGUGGAGAGAUAGAAAUUAAUUACAGAAUGCAAGAAACUACUGCUGAUUCGGCAACAAGAAGUUUCACCCCGACUCAAAGAGGUUGCCGCUUUGAUGAUGAACCGCCGGAUAAGAUAAUGCCAGCAUACAGUGCCAGCUUCUGCUAUGUGCACUGUAGAUACAAAAAGGCUUUGGAACAUUGCAAGUGCAAACCCCUUUUCUACCAUUACAUGAACGAAGGGAAAGAGUGUGAUAUUAAGGGUUUAAUAUGUUUAUCAAAGUUAGAUUUUUGGAAAAAGCCACCAACUGCUAUUGGCUGUCAGUGUCCCCAGGCUUGCGAUAUAGUUGCAUAUAUUCCUCAAGUUCCAAAGAAAACCGUCUGGAAAACGGGCUACUUUGAUCAAAGAAUCACAUUCAGAUGGGGACUUAUCUUUCCCACUACAAAAUAUCGUCGAGAAGUCAUUUUUGGUAUUGAUAAACUUGUAGCCGCAAUCGGUGGUACCGGGGGUUUGUUUUUGGGAGUUAGUUUUGUAACACUAGUAGAAAUAGUAUUUAUAAUUUCGAAAAUUUUCAUGACAUGGUGGAAGGAGUGGAGGGAGGAAAUGGGAUUUGCACUGAUUGGGGGAGAGAAAGUCGGCGCUAAAUGGAUCCAGCUAGUUAACUAA